AUGGCGCAGGUGUUCGGGCGCCCUUGCCCGCCGGCGCGCUUGAGCUGCUGUCGUCUGGCGGGGCGCGCCAACGUCGCGGCGGGGAGGCGCCUCGCGCGCGUGGUGCGGGUGAUGGCUGCCGCUCCUGGGGACGACCGCCUCACGCAGGCAGACAUUGAGCACCUGCUCCGCGCGGCGCAGCUGUCGGACGAGAAUGCAGGCAUCACCGGCCCGCAUCCCAACGCGGCGUGCGUCAUCGUCGGGCCCGGCGGGGAGGUGGCGGGGAGCGCCAGCCAACGCGCCAACGGGGCGCCCAGCGCAGAGGUCCUCGCGACCCGCGCGGCGGACGGACAGGGCCAGGGGGGCGUCGCGUACGUGAACCUGGAGCCCGGUGACUGCCACGGCGAGGCUGCGGCGGUGCGCGCGCUGCUGGCGUCCGGCGUGUCGCGCGUGGUCGUCGGCAUGCGCCACCCCAUGCGGCACUCGCGCGGGGAGGCCAUCGCCGCCCUGCGCGGCGCGGGGCUCACCGUGUCGGUCCUGGGCGAGGCCGCCGUCGCGCCGGGCCUCGAGGGCGACGCCGCGGGCGCGCGGAAGAAGUGCCUGCGCGCGAACGAGGCGCUGUUGCUGCGCGCGUGGUCGGGGCGGCCCUUCUCGGUGCUCAAGUACGCGAUGACGCUCGACGGGAAGAUCGCGACGGCGAGCGGGCACGCGGCGUGGGUGUCGUCCGCGCAGUCCCGCGCGCAGGUGUUCGACCUGCGCGGGCGCUCGGCCGCGGUGAUCGUCGGCGGCAACACCGUGCGGCGCGACAACCCGCGGCUGACGACGCGGCGCGAGGGCGGGCACUGCCCCGUGCGCAUCGUGCUCUCGCGCACGCUCGACCUCCCGCGCGACGCGAACCUCUGGGACGUGACGCUCGCGCCCACCAUCGUCAUGACGCAGCGCGGGACGAGGAAGGACUUCCAGGAGGCGCUCCGGGCGCGCGGGGUCGAGGUCGUGGAGUUCGACUUCCUCACGCCCGGGCGCGUGUCGGACUACUGCACGGACCGCGGCUUCCUGCGCCUCCUGUGGGAGUGCGGGGGCACGCUGUCGGCGCCGGCCAUCCAGUCCGGGGUGAUCCACCGCGUGACGGCGUUCGUCGCGCCGAAGAUCAUCGGCGGGGACCGCGCGCCGACGCCGUGCGGCGACAUGGGCUUCGUGGAGAUGACGCAGGCGCUGCACCUGGUCGACACCGAGUGGGGGCAGGUCGGGCCCGACCUGAAGCUGACGGGGUACGUCGAGCCCGCGUGCCCGGGGCUGGAGGAAAUCGACGCGCAGCUCGACGGCCCGGCGGAGGACAAGGGGCCCAACGCGCCGCUCAAGGCCCCCAAGAGGCCCGGCGUGGUCGAGUUCUACAAGCCGUGGGACGCGAACGGCGCGCUGAACAACUUCACGCCGCACCCCAUCACCAUGCCCGCGGGGCCGGGGCCGGUGGAGCCCGGGUCGCCCGGGGACGAGGGGGCGCGGGAGUGGCCGUCGGUGGAGCACUACUACCAGGCGCAGAAGUUCGCGGGCGUCGCGGCGGCGGAGGAGCUGGUGGAGCAGAUCUGGGCGGCGUACAGCCCCGAGGAGGCGGCGCGGAUCGGGCGGGCCGCGCAGCGCUCGAAGCCGGAGCUGAUGCGGGAGGACUGGUUUGACAAGCAGCUGGACAUCAUGUACUCGGCGCUGCGCGCGAAGUACGCGACCCACGAGGACCCGCGGAAGCUCCUGCUGUCGACCGGGACGGCGACGCUGGUGGAGGCCUCGCCGCACGACUUCUUCUGGGGCCGCGGACGCGACGGGAGCGGCAAGAACAUGCUGGGCACGCUGCUGAUGAGGCUGCGCGGGGAGCUGGGGGGCAGCUGA